UGCGGUGAAGAUACGCACGUUCACGGUGUGCUACUGGGUCUUGGUUGUCCUCCUGCAGGUGGUGCUGCAGGGACUGCAUUUGUACUGGUUUGCACUGAUUGUGAAGCUGGCGAUUCGGGCGCUUUUUGGUGGUCCCCUUGAUGACAUCCGCUCCGAGGACGAUGAGGAAAACGACGGUCAUUGA